AUGCUUCAGGUUCAUCCAAGGGAAAGGGACGCAUUUGAACCCAUGAAUAAGUGGCGUGUUCGAGUACAUUUGAAGAAUGAUGAUGGAACUCCUAUUAAUGAACAGUUUCCAAACCGUCAGGCUCUUCUUCUAUAUUUAGGGAAGGUUAUUCCUGUCAUUAGAUCGAAAAGACCACAAACAUCCGGUUCUAACACGACAGAUCAGAAUUUCCAAGGAAAAAAGAACAAACGAAAAGGGAAAAAAUAA